AGCCCGCCAAGUUCAUACUUCAAAGUUCAACCAACUUCUAUUAUUAUUUUAAUUUUUCCUUCAAAUCCUUUCCUAAAUUCCCCCAUAUAUCUCUUGUCACUAUCAGUUACUAUGAAAAUCUAAACUUUUCAAGUAGAAAAAAGUUAACAACUCAAAAAUGAAACAUUUCAAGGGUUUGAUAUUUUGCACUUAUUUUCUCAAUAUUCUAGCUGCAAUGAAUGGCUCCGUUGAAGCUUCCAAGCAUUUCAAAGUGGGGGAUCAUAUAGGUUGGCAGCAGCCUAGCACUAACGACACUGCGGUCUACAGCCAGUGGGCUACGAGUAAAAGGUUUCAUGUUGGAGACUCUCUUUCUUUUGAGUAUCAGAAUGAUUCAGUCCUUGUGGUGGAGAAAUGGGAUUACUAUCAUUGCAACACAAACAAGCCAAUCUCUUUCUUUAACGAUGGAAAGACUGUUAUCAAUCUUGAUAGGCAUGGACUCUUCUACUUCAUCAGCGGAGCCCCCGAUCACUGCAACAGGGGUCAGAAAUUGCUCAUCCGGGUGAUGGGUUUUCACCAAAGAGCAGAAUCUCCACCUUCCAUUGCAAAUCCACCAGAGGAUGGCAUCACACCAGGCCCACAUCCUAGUUCAGGAUUAAUAGUUUCAGUGACACUUAGUUCAGUCUUUGUUGCGCUUAUUGUCACAGUUGUAACUUUGGUAUGCUGUGCACCAUAACCUAUUUCUUUGCUUUGUUUUUGUCUUUUUCUUUCUUCUGUGACAGAUUCCAAGCGUUGGAAAUCUUUGUCUCAAUUAUUUAGCUAUACAUGUGUGUUGGAUUAUUGUGAUGUUGCUGUUGCUAAUGAUCGUUGCAUUUGUAUCUGAAUUCAUCAU